CAAUUUUUAUACAAAAAUUCAAAAUACUCGACUUUGACUUAUUGUUUACUUAAAAUGGCGUACAUAUGUCAAAUGUAUAUUUUGACGUAGCGUUUUUCAUAUGUGGCGUAUAAAAUUAUAAUUUGUAAACAUGUUCAGUUUCUUUUGGUCAUGGACUUACAAUUAUAUUCGAUUACUUGUGAAAUGGUUUUUAAGAAAAACAACUGGUUUGUGUGAGUUACAACGAAUUUGUUAUGGCGAAGAGAUUGGGGCACCUAGAACACUUGGUGUAGAAAAAUCAUUACAUUUAUCACGAAAUACUAGUAUACAAAGUUUAAUCACAUAUUUAAAUAGUAUGAGUGAACAGUGUCGAAUUGUUGGCGAAAUGGAAAAGGAAAUUUUAAAGCAUUCGAUUUUAACGGUACUGCAAGCGAAAAAAAUCAAUCCUACGAUACACAAUCGUUUUGGAUUCUCAUUUGGUUUAUGUGUACGUUUAAUUUGGGGCUACAAACAAAUGUACCAUGAAAUCGAAAAUUUACGUACCACACAAUAUUCCAGUGAAAAUUUGGAACAUGAAGCGAAAUUAUUACAAUUGUGGCGUUUAUUACGACCAGACGAAGAACUAGAGAAUCGUAUUAGUAAACAAUGGCAAGAUAUUGGUUUUCAAGGUGAUGAUCCAAAAACGGAUUUUCGUGGUAUGGGUAUACUUGGUUUAGAGAAUUUAUUAUAUUUUUCCACUGAAUAUCCGGAUGUGGCUAAACAUGUUCUGUCACAUUCACUACAUCCAACAUAUGGAUAUGCUUUCGCAAUUGUUGGAAUUAAUAUAACAAGUUUAGCGUAUCGUUUAAUGGUCGAGGGUGAUCUACGGACGCAUAUUUAUAAUUAUAAUUAUUCGAAAUCAACACCAACGAUUAAACAUUUUCAUCAGUUUUAUUGUUAUUUAUUUUAUGAGUUCGAUAAAUAUUGGAUUGAAUCGAAACCAGCGAAUAUUAUGGAUUUUUCACGAAUAUUACAAGAAUUUGAAACGAAUAUUCGUUCAGCCUUAACGAAUUUAAGUACUGUAUUUAAAAUAAAUGUGGCUGUUGAUAAUAUUUAAUUUGCUUUUCAUUUUUUCGAGGAUAAAAUCCGAUAAUAUAGGUGACAGGGAAUCUUACGAUCAUCUCAGACGACACCACUGAAAUAUGAUGUAAAUCUGCUAUUUUGCUCAUUAGAUAGAGUUUGUUAGGUAGAGGAAUCCGACUAAAGGAAGAAGCGCUCUUACACCUUCGCUUUCAAGCAUAUCUAGUUAGUGCAGCAUGUGCGGCGAAUGAUACCUCAGUAUUACAAAAAAAAAUAUAACUCGUUCAGUUUUUCAACGCGAUAAUUAAAAAAAAAAAAAAGAAAGUAGUUUUUAAGAAAAUUACUUCGGAAAAAAUUGGAGUGUAGAUAGGGGGUUGUACAGCUAAAAAAAUGAGACCGAUUGAAGUCAAAUCCGAUGGAAACUUUACGAG